AUUCAACAAGAUAACGUAUCAUAAUCUGUCGACAUGCGUCUCGAAGAUCAUAUAAUUACCUUAGUUUUAUUGUUUAGUUGUAUUAAAGUUUGUGUGUUGCAAACUGACCUAAAGUGUGACGAUAUUAAUACACAAAAAUUAUGUGUGGAUCAAGAUUGGUGCGACUCAUGCUUACAAAGUCAUAUUUGCUGCAACUAUUGUUAUGAUAAGAGUUAUACUGGAAGACGAUGUAACACUAAAAACCAAUUAUUAUUAUCAAACUGUAAUGAAACGAUGAUUGAAUUUAACCAAAUGAGUAGGGUAAUGAAACAGAUAAACAAACCAUUUACAACAAAAGACGAAAUUAUUCAAAUCAAACCUCAAAAUGUUCUAGUCCAACUUAAAAAAGGUAUUCCAACAAAUAUCACGUUUAGUUACAAAUUGGCGGAAAACUAUCCAUUAGACUUAUAUUACCUAGGAGAUCUCAGUAUGUCUAUGAAGCCAAGCAUGAAAAUUUUUGCCUCGCUAGGUCAACAUUUACCCAGUAAUUUGACGAAACUUACAAAACAUUACAAACUUGCUUUUGGAUCUUUUGGAGAUAAACCAGCUAUGCCUUUUUAUUAUACUGAUGAAGAAUCUGCCCGAGAUCCCUGUAAAAAAGCGAUGGAAGAAUCUUGCGAACCUGGGUACUCAUUUCGACAUCACUUGAACUUUACUUCAAAUACUGAGGACUUUUUAGAUGUAGUUAGUUCGAGCAGAGUUACUGCAAACGUCGACGAUUUAGAUGGAGCUCUAGACGCACUGCUUCAGGUUCUGGCAUGUAAUGAAACAAUUAACUUUUCGCCUUUGUCCAGAAAAAUUAUUUUGUUACCAACAGAUAGUUUACUUCAUUCAGCUGGCGAUGGAAUCUUAGCAGGAGCUGUUAGAAAACCAGAUUUAAAAUGUUUAUUGGACAAAAAUGGAGAAUAUACUAAAUCUUUAAUCAAUGAUUACCCCGCACUAGAUCAAAUUGAAUUUGCCUUACGGAAAAAUAAAGUCAAUAUAAUUUUUGCCGUUAAGACACUUUCCAAAAUGUAUUACUAUUUGAAUAUGACAAGCAGUACUUUAAAAGGAUAUGCAUUUGUUGGUGAAUUACAGGAAGAUGCAACAAAUAUCGUGGACCUAAUUACAAAAGGUUACUAUAAUUUUGCACAGACAGUAAGCUUUAUGAUGAACACAACAGAGCAAGAGUAUCUUGACGUUAAGUUUUUUGCUGAUUGCGAAAAUCAUGGAAUAUUUAACGAAACCUCAGUUUGUUAUGGACUGGGGAAUCGUGCAAUUAAAUUUAAAGUAGAAUUAACUGCUAAAUAUAUACCAGAACAUCAACGGGAAACUUUAUACGUGGAAGAAAAAAAUAUUAACGAGAAACUAACAGUUAAUGUGGAAUAUGUCAGUAGUUGUCAAUGUUCGAACUAUAAAGAUGAAGGAAAUAAAUUUUGUGGCCAUGGUACCUAUAGAUGUGGACGCUGCUAUUGUGAGGAGGGAUGGUCUGGAUCAAAUUGUUCAGAAAAUUGUGAAAAUUUAGAUUUUCGAAGUUGUCGUUCAUAUGAGACAGAUCCCCAUCCAGAAUUUGUUUUGAAAACGGAGAGUGCAAAUGUGGCCGUUGUGAAUGUGAAUUAACGUAUUCAGGUCAAUACUGCCAAUAUCAGUGUCCAUUCAAGAGAAUAGGAGCAGAAUUAAUAAUAUGCGGAGGGCUGUCAAAAGGAUAUUGCCAUAAUGGAAUCUGUAUAUGUCAGGAUGGAUUUACAGGAGAAGACUGUACAUGCUCUGAAUCUGAAGUAGCAUGCAGUUUCGAUGGAGCUGUCUUUGUAAUGAACAGGGAGAAUGUAAAUGUAAUAAAUGUAAUUGCAAUCAGGGAUAUACUGGUAUCUACUGUGAGAAAAAUACAGAGAAGAAUACUAUUUGUGAAGCUUAUAAUAAGGACGUUCAAAAUUACUUGACGCGAAAAUCACCACCAUCGAGUACUGCGAAUUUGGAGAUAAUCGAAGAUAAAGAUGAAUUAAGUUGUGCUGAAAAUUUGGAUAUCUGUCAUAUUGACGCAAGUGAAGACAACGAUUACUGUAUUAUAGAGUAUUGCUACUACAAGUCAGAAGAUACAGGGAGACCAGUUAUACUAGCCAAAAAGAUUUGUAGAAGGGCAGCAAGUCUUCCGAUGAUGCUUGCCGUCGGAAUUAUAUCUAUAAUACUUAUAGGAGGCAUCUUAUUCAUUUUGAUAUUUAAAAUUAAUAAUUACCGACAAGAACGUGCAGAAUAUAACAAAUUCUUAAAAGAAUCUAAAAAUACAACGGAAUUAAACCCGCUUUACAAAAGUCCUGUGGUAGAAUAUACUAAUCCAUUAAGAACAAAAAAUGAAUAGUAUAAUUCUAAUAAAAAUGAAGGGUCAGAGGUAAAAACGAUAAGAGUCAAUCUGAGUAGAAAUAGAGAAAACUCAAAUUGAAAGUUUGAACCGUAACCAUUUAUAAAAUGGGCUAAAAGAAAAGACAAAAUACUAUAUAGAGGAAAGGCACCAAAUUUGGGACACUUUUUUUGAAAAACAAAUAUAAAACAGAAUAUUCAAAAGUUUUAAAAACUUUUAUUUCGACAAAUUAAUUUUAAUUUUUCUAUAACAC